AAAAGGAAACCGGAGCAAAGAGAGAGCGCAAGAGGGAGAGAUAGGGAGACAACACUAACUGGGUAGCUAUGGAGAUAGUAGGUUUUCCUGGUAGCUUUCUUUGACAGGUGUCGAGUGGGAUAAAAUAAAAGUGCCAGAACAGCUUCCAAGAUGUACGGCAAGGGCAAAGGAGCUGUGGUCCCCUCCGAUAGCCAAGCGAGAGAAAAGUUAGCAUUAUAUGUGUACGAAUACCUGCUACAUGUGGGAGCACAGAAGUCCGCACAGACCUUCCUGUCUGAGAUUCGAUGGGAGAAGAAUAUUACAUUAGGGGAGCCCCCUGGAUUCCUCCAUUCGUGGUGGUGUGUAUUCUGGGAUUUGUAUUGUGCGGCUCCAGACCGAAGGGAGACAUGCGAGCACUCCAGUGAGGCCAAGGCCUUCCACGACUACAGCGCAGCGGCAGCGCCGAGCCCGGUCAUGGGCAACAUGCCACCGAAUGACGCCAUGCCAGGUGGACCCAUGCCCCCGGGCUUCUUCCAGGGACCACCUGGCUCUCAGCAGUCCCCCCAUGCACAGCCCCCCCCACACAACCCCAGCAACCCUAUGAUGGGACCCCACGGCCAGCCUUUCAUGUCACCGCGGUAUCCAGGUGGACCACGCCCUGCACUCCGAAUGCCAAAUCAGCCUCCUGGGGGAAUCCCUGGAUCUCAGCCUCUCCUGCCAAAUAGUCUGGACCCAACAAGACCACAAGGACAUCCUAACAUGGGUGGACCAAUGAGGAUGAACCCUCCUCGAGGAAUGGCCAUGGGCCCACAAAAUUAUGGUGGCAUGAGGCCUCCUCCCAACUCCAUGGGUGGUCCUAUGCCAGGAAUGAAUAUGGGUCCCGGAGGAAGAGGGCCGUGGCCUGGACCUAAUGCUAACUCUAUAGCAUACUCUUCCUCAUCUCCAGGAAACUAUGUGGGUCCUCCAGGCGGAGGAGGUCCACCUGGAACUCCCAUCAUGCCCAGCCCAGGUGAUUCGACCAACUCCAGUGAAAACAUCUACACAAUGAUGAAUCCUAUCGGACCUGGAGGCAACAGACCCAAUUUCCCCAUGGGACCUGGGCCUGACGGACCGAUGGGAGCUAUGGGAGCCAUGGAGCCACACCACAUGAACGGAUCACUAGGGUCUGGGGACAUGGACGGGUUGCCAAAGAGCUCUCCUAAUAACAUGGGGGGCAUGAACAACCCUCCGGGAACGCCAAGAGACGACGGCGAAAUGGGCGGCAAUUUCUUGAACCCAUUCCAAAGCGAAAGUUAUUCACCCAACAUGACGAUGAGUGUGUGAUUUUAUUUUUUCCUUUUUAUUUUUUUUGUAUUUUUGUUUUAAAUCCUCCUCAACCACCCUAUUAUUAUUUUUUAUUUUUUUUCCCUUCACUUCAAUCCUUCACAUUGGAUUGGACCACCUUCACACACACGCAUUCUCAAAAACACACAACCUCUGCCCUCUCCUCAUCCCCUAACCCUCAAUACGGGAUCCACUAUCUCAAACCCCCACCACCACCACCACCACUGCCACCGCCACCUUCUCACUGGGGAACUCUGCAGCCUUCUGGGGCGGCCCUGGAGCGCACUGGGACUCUAAUAAAGCCGGGCCCUCCUGGAGCAUGCAAGAUGGCCGGCGGUGUGAACAGGAAUCCGUCACAGAGCCACAGGAAGAGCCUGCUCUCUGACUCUGGCCCUGGCCUCCCUGGCUUCCUGUCAGGGUCUAGACAAUGAGCGAGGGAGAAGGAGGACGAGCAGAGAGAGAGAGAGAUGGGAGGGAGAGAGGAGACUGGAAAACACAGCUCCCCAUCCCCUGAGGACAAAGUCUCUCAGCUGCUGCCUGGAAGCUUCUCUACCCCGACUCUGUUGGUUUUUUUUGCUGUUCCUGACAGAUCCAGUGAAGACCGGACAAAACGACCCCUCGGCCCCCACACGUUCUUCACUCGGUGUGUACAUUUUUUAGCAGAGGUGCUGGAAGAAUGAUCGAUGAAUUCAUUCAGUUGAUUUUUUUUUUUUUUCUUGUGUAUGUAUUGUAUCAUUGUUAUUAUUAUUGUAUUAUUGUUAUUAAGGAUAUUGGUAUGACCAUUUUUAAGAUUUUAGGUUCUGUUGUUUCUUUCUAAGGGCACAUGAUUUUUAAUGAAGACCGUACAUACAGCGCGCGCACACACACACACACACACACAAAAUCAGACAUUAUUUUGAGCACGCUGCCCCCUGCAGGUAAGACUGUACAGAUCACGGUACUGAUUGGCCCCUUCUCAAAGGUCCAGUGUGUAAUUAUUUGUGAUAUUGAGAGGACGCUCCCUUUUUCUUAAGUGUGUCAGGGGAACUAUGGUAGCCUUUGCAGGCCAAAAAGGACUCUUUCUCCAAUCUGAUGUUUCCACCUUCUUCUUUGUUGGUUUAUGCGCCGAGUUUAUGCGGGAAGUGCCAUUCGUCUUGUUUUGAGUAGGCUCGCGCUUCAAAAACGCACCUUCUGGCUGAUUUGUUAGUGCAAGUAUGGCAGCUAGGGGCUGAAACAACUACUCCAUUUAUGGAUUUUUCAUUGAGACAAGUUUUCUGUUUUUUCGGCUUCUUAAAUCUGAAUAUUUUCGACUUGCUUUGCUCCGCAGAACAAAAAAACCCAAAACAUUCAAAACUGAAUCAUCUUGCUUUGUGGAAAUACUGGACCAAACAAGCACUCGAUGAACCUAAUGGCAGCCCCUGCCUAACGUCUUCUACGGCUACAAAAACUAUUAUUAAAUCUGAAAUGUUGCACACUGGACCUUUUAUUUUGAAACUCUCCAUAUUUUACCCUGUACAAUAACCCACACCAGAAGAAGAAGCAGCAGCAGCAACGCCUCCUGUUUUUUUAAUCGCUUCCAUGCAGUGUAAUGCACAGCUCUAUUUAUUUAUGUACUUUUUAAUUUGUCUUUUAUAUCUUUUUUUUUGUUGUUGUUGGAAGUGUUUAUUCCUGGUCUUUUUUGUUAACUGCAGAACGAGUAGCAACUGUGUAAAUAUGCAGAUCCACUUAGCGGCGUUUUCUCUCUUUUAUCUCCGCAGUUUCCCUGCGUCCGAGCCCUUAAAGGUGCUUAAGUGUUGAUCUUCUGUUUUUUCUUGUUCUGUUUGGGUUUUUUUUUGUGCUGCUUCCACUUUAGCUCACUCCAGUGCGUUCAUCGUGUGUGAGUGUGUGUGUGUGUGUGUUUAUCAUCUCUCUCUGUUGACCUGUAGUGAACACUUGGAUUGUUUUUUUUGUUGUUUUUUUCUCGCCCUGGUGAAUCCUCCACACACUGUGAUGUUCGGAAACACACCUGUCAGACGCCGCCGCGCUCCCCUCUUAAACGUUGCUGCAGAUGAAAGGACUUGCAGCUCGGACCCCGGGGGUUUUUUUAAAUGUCGGGGAGAAAGGCAGGUCAGGAAGCAGCACGGUGGCUGCUCUGUUGAUCGUGAUCGAGUGGCCCUCCAAAAAAAACCACCUCCGUUCCCCCUUUUCCCAACACCCAAGCCUCACUUUCAUCCUUAACUUCUUCUUUUGUACAACUCUCCCUAUUCCUUCUGAUUUAUCGUUUCCUCUUCGUGUAAAUACUGUAAAAUGCAUUUUGAUAUCAUUGACAUGUUUUGAUAUUUCGGAUCACGACACGACAGUUGAUCGGAAAAGAAACAAACAAAAACCCGUCAUUUUUUGGGGGCGACUUGUGUGUGCGUUCGUUCAGAUACGGCGAUUGAAAAACACAAAACUGGAGCUGCUAUUGACUUAAAGUAUGAUAUUUCACCUCAUCACGGACGGGACGCGGUGCGAGGGGUGGGGUGGGGGGUGUCUUUUAGAGCGGCGGGGUCAAAGGGCACGAGGGAGGAACGCUUGGCAGUCGUCAACGCGACAAAUUUUAAUUUGAUCCUUUUUUAAUAACGGUAUAUUAAAACAUUUAUUGUCCAGAACCCCUCUGUUCUCUGCUUCUGUUCGCGCUCAGGUGGCAAAGAAAAGGCCACGGAAAACGGACAGAACGGACAAAACUUGACGUCCCUUCUUUGUCGGCCUAUGACUCGCUGCAUCAGGGCACACACACACACACACACAGGAUCCAACACAACAGGGACCAGAGAACAGACUUAACUAUGAAGGAUUUUCUUUUUCUUUUUUUCUUUUCUUUUUAAUCUAUUUAAAACAAAACAGGACGAGACGGGAGAAAAUGUUAAGAGGGGGAAUAAAAAAGAUGAAAUAAAAGGACAGAUUUGUUGCUAAGAGGAGGUUGGAGAGGGUCAGGAAGGGGCGUUUCCUCUCCCUCGUACUUUUGAAAUACUGUUGUAUAAAAUGCAGUCAAACUUCUCUCUAUCUUUCUGUCCUGUAAGUAAAGCUGUCACGACGUUGAUCAUUUCUGUAUUUCUAUUGUGCUGAUGUAUAAUACUGUAACAUUCAGGGGGAAGGGAGGGUUAAGAGAGGACUUUCCGGGGGCUGGAGUUAAAGAUUUUUCUGUUCAGUUCCUCGUUUUUUGUUUUGUUUUUGUUUUUUUUCCUCUUGAUGACAAAGCAGUAUUGAAUAUGAGGCAAGUCUGUCCUUGGGGAGUUGCUUUGUAUCUCAUGUUAGGGUAGUUUCAGAUCCUAAAUGUCUCGUGUAGUAAAACAAAAAAACAAAAAAAAAUAAGAGGUUCCUUCUUCGUAUGUUUCUUUAUAUUGUAAAGUUUCUUUAGAUAAAAAAAACAAAAAAACAUGUUGCUUAUUGGAAAAAAGGUGGGAAAACUGCAUUGAUAAUAAAUGUAAUUUUUUUUUCCUGUUUUUUCCGUUCUCGUUUUAAUUUUCAUCAAGUUGUCAGUCGUUUUUGCCUGUGUCCCCCUUGUUGUAGAUACAUAUUAAAAACAAAUAAAAUGACUUCACUCCUUUUGCCAUGAA